ACGGGAACACUCCACAGAGGAUGACUUCCACGGGCUUCAGUUUGGUGGUUCUGUUGACGAUCCUGCAGAGCGGCAAGGGUGAAGACUACUUGGUGGCAGUGGCACAUCAAGGCUACGACGCGUACAUCAGGUUCACAGCUGGGGAAACUGGGGGCCUGGUAGAGAUGCAGUACCCACACCGCACUUACAGAAGAGCUAGUGUAUUGAGUCCAUUCGAAGAUAGUUCGCACAGUGUAUUUCUGCAAACUACGAGAGAUGUGAAAAAUGCAUCUAUCAUUGUAAGCGGAAGUGACGAAAAUAUACACAUUCAGGUAGAUGCUGACGGUGUAUUCUCCCCACUUCCUAUAUCUGCCCUUGGGACCAAGUACAUUUUACCUUCCAGUCUCACCCCAAACAGUGAGUAUCGAUCCUUGUUACUGAUAGCUACACACAGCAUGAGCACUACUGUUGAUAUAUUCCUUCGACUGAAGAAAGGAAGUGUAUAUUUUCUCAGUUACAAAUACAGUGACGGCGAUACUAUAUCAUAUAAACUUAAUCCGUAUCAAACAUUGAUGAUAUACACUCAAUAUGAUCUAAAUGGAACGGUCAUUAACAGUGAACACAGCAUAGCUGUCUAUUGUGGUAUGGAAUAUGCAUCUAAGUACACUGUGUAUGACCAACUACUACCGGUCAAGCACUACGGACAGGAGUAUGUUGUUGCUGUAGAUGACACCAAACUGGAGCUGCAGAUUAUUAGUGAACACAGCCACGUACAGAUCGCCUUUAGUUCUGGGGCCACAGUCUCUACUGGCGAGCGUCGUCUCUAUAACCGCUCACUUGAACGGGGAGAGAAUCUUCACUUCACCGCCACACGCCCGGUACUGGUGACACUCAGUCGAGCAGAUGGUUACAACAGUUCCUUCACAACCGUACCACCAGUAAACUCUUACUUCACACAGAGAGGUGUCUGGCUAAAUCGUGACAUGUACAGGUUUCUAGAUAAUGACUAUCUAAAUAUGACACUAAAGAUACUAACAGACAGGAGAGCGACUGUAUCGUUUACUAAUAUGUAUUCCCUGUAUUCUCUGACAUGGAUUGAUGUUGCCAGCAGCAGAUACAAAGUUGGCACAUUGGUAUCAUCAGUAAGAUUUCAUCCAUCUGCUUCGUCAAUAUCUAGCGACUUCCCCUUCACAGUUCUAUCCUUCUACAACGAAUCGGUCUAUAACCAUCGGUUACAAUUUGUCUGCAGAAGAGGAAGUACAUUAUUCAGGUCAAAGUUACUUGAUGGCACUGACAGGAUACAAUAGUGGCAAGUAUCAAGUCCCUCGGAUAAUUGCCACUGCUGGGGAGACAGGAGGCCAGUGGCAGAUACAGGAUCCACACACUGGGCGAGUCUGGUCUCGACACUUCAAUCCUUACAACACAGACUACUUUCACCCAAUACUACUUGAAGCUUACAGUGUAGUUGUUAUGCUUGUGUUUGUCAGAGAUGAUACUAUUCAGAUCAAAGGGGGGAUGAACUCUGACACCUCAUUCUCUCCACUUCCUGUGUCCGAACUUGGCACCAAGUAUAUUAUAGCUUCAUGUCUCCCUCCUCCUGACUUCAUGCCGCCCUGGUCAAAGAGGUACAGAUCCGGCUUGAUGAUAGCCACACACAGCAGAACGGCGGACAUUGACAUCAUCUUCAGACUGGAGACCAACGUCACCUAUAAUGGUCGGACAUACAGCAACGGGGACACACUCAGUGUCAGAUUAGAUAAGUAUCAGUCUUUCUCUUUAAGGAGUUCAUCUGAUAUGACCAGAACAGUCAUUUAUGCCACGGAAUCGAUAGCCGUCUAUAGUGGAACCUACGACGGUAACGCAUUUCGUAUGAUCGAGCAGUUAUUGCCUGUAAAACAUUAUGGAAGUGAAUAUGUCAUCGCUAUUAAUGAUCCUUCUGAGAUUCGACGAAAGUCCAACAGAACCUUGCCAUACCAACUUCAAGUUGUUACUGACCGCAGUGACGCGAGCAUCGUGUUCAACGACAAUUCUACCAUCUCUAUGAGUAAUGACGGACUGUACCGUAAACAAUUUGGAAACGUUGACACUAUCUUCUUCAGCACCACCAGGCCAGCUAUGGUCACAUUAUGUACAGCUGGCACGUUUUUCUAUAAUGAUGGUUUAACUAUUGUACCCCCAGUAAGCCUCUACUCCAAGUUAACAACACAAGAAGCACCAGGUACCUUGCAGAUAGUGACAGAUCAAGAAAACAGUAAUGUCGACGUUCAACAAACCCGUGAACAUCUUUCUACAGUUUUCAGUCCUCCAAUAAAGUGGAAGAAUGUGUCAGGUACAAGAUUCAAAGUGGGAACAUUAUCAUUUGAUCGAUACACAACAACCAUCCGGUCUAAUAUUUCUUUUGCUGUCCUUGGAUACGAUGUUUAUAUCAUAUACAACGGUGGAUACAACUUUAGGACAUAUCCUGAUACAGAGACCUCCACACCAGAUGGAAGCGGUAUCAAGUUAAAUACAGGUGGUAGCCUCCAAGUUGACAGUCCAAACAACGCUGCAGUGAUCGUGGGCGUAGUCUGUGGGAUUGUUAUUGUGGCUCUCCUGGCUGCCUUUGUGGCAUAUGUGUUCUACACACGAAGGAAGAUGAUGUCAGUUACGAGAUCUGCAGAACAAGGUGUCGAUGCUCCUCCGUCCGCCUCCAUGGCCAUCUACGCAGUGCCUGACAGAGCUACUGAAGGUGCAGCAGCAGAGGGGACGUACACGGGGCUGAGAUUCAAAGCCACACAAAGCGCCAUCAACAUCGUCGAAAGUACUGCCGCAUAUGAGCAUAAAUCGACAGAGUAG